AUGAAAAAUAAUAUUAUAAAAAUUAGUUUUGUUCUUUUGUUUUUAAGCUCUUAUGUUAGUGAAAUAAAUGGAAAUGUUACAAAUAAAAAUAAAUAUAGCUUAAGAAGCCAUAUUACUAAAAAUGAAGAUUUAAAUAACACUUUAGAUAAUGGAAAUGUACAUGGAGAAUCUGAGGAUGACAUAUCUACGAGGGGUACGGAACAGACACUUAAAACUGGUGCAACUGGUACUCUAGAUUCUAGUAGUCAACAUCAGGCUGGGGACGUAGGAUCCUCUGGUAAAGGCCUUUCACAAGAUAGCCGUACUGAGGAGUCAUGUCCUGAAGGUUGUGAAGGUUGCCCUGAAGAUUGUGAAGGUUGCCCUGAAUGUUGUGAAGGUUGCCCUGAAUGUUGUGAAGAUUGCCAUGAUGAAAAUUGUCCAGACUGCCAAACAGAAUGUACUGAUGAGUGUCGAGAGGAAUGUGCAAAACUUAAAGCUGCUUCUGCCCAACUCGGUGAAGAAAAUAUUCAAAUUUGCACACACUCUCCACCUAAUGGUACAAAUUGCGAAGAAUGUAAAAAAAUAACCACUACCAGACAAACAGCAGCACCUGAUGUUAGGGAUGAAACAGAAACUACAUUAAUUCAAAAUGCAAUAGAAGAUAUAACAGAUGAUACGAAAACCAUGCCAGAUGAAAAUGAACCAGUAUGUGAUGAACAAUUGGAUGAAGAUGGUGAUAAUGAAGAAGAGGAAGAGAUUGUGGAUAGUGAAAAUAUUGAAAUUAUUGAAAAUAUCGAGGAAAUUGAAAAUAGUGAUGAUAGUGAUGAUAUUGAUGAUAGCGAAGAAUUAGAAUUAGAGUUCGAAUUAGAAUUAGAAGAACCUACAGAUAUUGACAGAGAUAGCCAAGAAGAAAAUGAAAGCGAAAGCGGAGCAACCACAACAAAUGAACAGGGAAAUAACCAUAAUACAAAUACGGAUGAAGUGGCUAGUAAUAAUCAAACUAGUAAUAAUCAGACUAAUAAUAAUCAAACUAGUAAUAAUCAAACUAAUAAUAACAAUGUUAGUCAUUUUAUUAUAAAAGAAUAUAAAGGAAACUCUGGUUCUAAAACUCAAAAUGAAAAUAUUUUGGAUAAUGCUUUGAGUGGUAUUGACGAUAAUCAGUUUUCUAGUGAUAUUCAAGAUUUCGUACAAGAUAUAAAUGAAUUUGUCUUAAUGGAAGAAGAUAUUUGA